AUGGGAAGCCUGUAUGAACUCCAAGCCAUUACAUUGGCAGCUGGGUUAGAGGCUAUUCGGGCUCAGCUGCGUCGGGCACGUCGGGCUGCGGACAUGGCCGGGUCGGAACGUCUGGAGACAGCAAACCUGGACAACCUGACAAGUGCAAUUUCAGAAGCCACCGAAGCUUUGACUUUUGUAGCAGCAGCUGUGACAACGCCGGGUGGUCAGCUGCUCAUCGCAGAGGCCGCAGAAGCCAUGACCGUCCUCACGCAGCUGGCGCAGACGUUCGCGCGACACCAGCAACAUCAAUCUUCUAUGGCUUCAGUCGCUGCCAUUCAUGCAGCUGCGGAUGGGAAUCCCGCCGUAGCCUUCUCGGCUGGCAUUCAAGCGCAAGAAGCUGCGGGCCUGGCCUUGUGGGCUGCACGCAUGGGAGGUCUGCAGCUCGCCCAUGAAACGGCCGGCUUUCUCGACCUCGCAGCAGUGGCAGAAGCUUUCCAAGCUUGCGGGUUGUGCGUGCCCUUCAACCAUGACGUCAGCGCACUCGGCCCCCGACAGGCUGCUCCCGGUGGCGAUGUAGGUCAAUCGUGCGAUGUGGGUCAGCCCCACAAUUUGAAAUUGCCGUACGGUGUGGGUCAGCUGUACGACCUGGGUCGGCCGUACGAUGUGGGUCGGUUGGCAAAGCGGCCGCGCAUGAAGCUAGUGAUCUGA